UCUGGUUUUUAUAAAACAGCCCUGUGUGAACGCUCAUCAUCAUCACUGCCUUUUACGAAGAAAAUUACAGAUCGGAUAUGAGUUCUGAGAGAGAGAGGAGUGCACACAUGACACUGGGCGGUGUGCUGAACGAGAUGCGGUUGAAGGAGGAGCAGUGCGACGUGGUCCUCAGAGUGGACGAGGUGGAAUUCAAGGCCCAUAAGAUUAUCCUCUGUGCGCACAGCCCAUAUUUCAGAGCCUUAUUCACGAAAGGGAGCAGCUCGGAUCAGAUGGUGUACACCAUCAUGAAUGUAUCUCCAGACAUCAUGGAGCUUAUAAUCCACUACAUCUACACCCAGGAUGUUCGAGUCACCACUGAUAAUGUGCAGGCUCUGUUGGCCAUGGCCGAUUACCUGCUCAUGCGAGACCUUGUUCGCAUCUGCUGUGACUUCCUGAAGGCACAUCUCAGCCUGGAAAACUGCUUAGGGAUUUGGCAGCACGGCAAUGCUCACUCGUACAAUGAGCUGCAGGAUCAGGCCUAACCUACGCGUUGCAUGUCACAUCCAGGACAUGAAUAUCGUCUGCGGUGCGGUGCGGUGAGCUGCUGUGUGAUAUCCGGGCUUCCCAACAUUCACCGUCACGUACGAUGACCUUCUGUAGAUGUGGAGCUUUUAAAAACGCUAUUAAACCACAUCCCAUUGGCAGAACUUCUGUCUCUGUCUGUUU